AUGUUCAAACCGGGCGGCAUCACCUUCCUCGAGGGCUUCAUCUUGUUCUGCGCCACUAUCUGCACCCCCCCUUGCAUUGUUACCUCCUGGAACUACAUCAUCGGUCUGUGCAUCAAUGCUUUCGGCAAAGCAGAAAAAUCCAUCUACCCCUACUUUGACGCGAACGGUCCCCUCCCAGAAAUCACCUCCAAAACGGCCCUCACCAUCUGCAUGCGCAAUGAAAACCCCACCCCGAUCUUCGACCGCCUCCACGCCAUGCGCGAAAGCCUGCGCCAAACUGGCCGCCUUCAGCAAUUCCGGUUUGUCAUGCUCAGCGACACCAGCCGUCCGGAUGUGAUGCAGAUGGAAGAUGAAGACUUCGCCCGCCUUCAAAACAGCCUCGGCAAGGGCAUGUCCCAAGCCACCGUCUACCGCCGCCGCGAUAAGAACACUGGCUUUAAGGCCGGUAAUAUCAAGGACUAUCUCGAUAACUACUCCGAAGCCGACGACUUCUUCGUUGUGCUCGACUCUGACAGCGCUAUGAGUGGAGACCUGCUGGUCCGUAUGGUCUCCAGUAUGGAAAAACAUCCUCAGAUCGGCUUGCUGCAAACCCAGUUCGCCGGCAUGCCGGCCGUCGGCACCUUUACUCGCCUCUUCCAGUUUGGCCUGCGCUGUAGCCUGCGUGCAUACAACAUAGGGAGCAGCUGGUGGGUCAACGACUGUGCGUUUUACUGGGGCCACAACGCUAUCAUCCGCACCAAGGCCUUCCACAAGAACUGCAUGCUGCCGGUUCUCCCGGGAAAACCGCCGCUGGGUGGCUACAUCCUCAGCCACGACGUCAUGGAAGGCAUUUUCAUGCGCCGCGGUGGCUUCGAAGUCAGAAUGAUUCCCAUCGAGACCGAAAGCUACGAGACCAACCCGCCAACCUUCCUCGAUUACCUGCGCCGUGAAAACCGAUGGUGCCAGGGCAGCAUGCAGUACUGGUUCAUGCUGAAGGAGCCCGGCCUCAAGCCUGUCAGUCGCUUCCAGGUGUACCAGAUCCUUAUCUCGUAUCUGGCCCCGGCUUCUUGGGCUCUGCUGUCCUUCGCCGGCGUCGCUAAGGGGCUACUGGGCGGGUUUAACAACACCGAAGUUGACUUCAGAUUCACCCCACAGCUGAUUAUCAUCGGCGCCAACCUAUUACCUAAAAUCGCCGGUAUUAUCGAUAUUGCAGGAACCUCCUUUGAGCGCUACGGCGGCGGCUUCCGCUGUAUCGUUUCCGCCUUGCUGGAACUCAUCCUGAUGACACUCAUCGGGCCCGCCACCGCCGUGGCCAUAACGGUCUUUCUCUGCGGCCUGCUCAUGGGCAAGUCCAUUACCUGGGACAGCCAGAACCGCGACCGGCUCGGCCUCAGCUGGCGCGACACUUUCCGUGUCCUUUGGCCGCAAACUCUGAUCGGCUUUGGCAUCGCCGGCCUGCUCACCAUCAAGGAUACCAUCCCGCAGAUGUGGGCCCUGCCCUUUGUUACCAGCCUCUGUCUGGCCAUGCCGUUUGCUGUCCUCACCGCUUCGCCGCGUCUCAGCCAUAUUACCAUCCGCCUGCGCCUCUUUACGAUUCCGGAAGAGGUCAAACUUCCGCCGCUCCUGUCCCUGCUGAUCGCGCCGGAAAUCAUCUCCGCUACCAAGGCUCUGGUCAUCGCGAAAACGUCGAACUAA